CAGAUGGACAGAGAGAGAGAGCGCCGUGGUGCCGUGACUCCGUCAUCAGCGUCAUCACCGUUACGCGCGUCGAUACUGUUUGCGGUGCGGCGACGCGGAGCAGCGCGAGCACUAACUGGACCCCAGGACACGGAGAUGGAGACCUUCUGCCAGCGCGUGCACGGACUCGGUUAUAGCUGAGUAACAUAAACACCGAGACCGAGAACAUGAUCGCCAGAGCGCGCGCCAACUCAUCACCGGCGGUGGCCGCGCACACGGAGGGCGAAGAGAUCGAAGUGUUAGAGAGCGAGGAGACCGAGACCGGAGCUCCACCGGACACAGAGUGGAAAUCUCUGUUUGAUAAGUAUGACCCAGAAAGUUCAGGCUUCAUUAGCGCAGAGCGUUUGCGUGAUCUGCUCGAGACUCACGGCUCUGAACUGGACACACACAAGCUGGAGGUUCUGUUGGCGCUGGCCAACGGGAACGCAGAGGGAAAAGUCCGAUAUCAGGAUUUCAUCAACCUGAUGACUAAUAAACGCUCGAACAGUUUCCGGCGAGCGAUUCAGCAGGGAGGAAGGCAGCUGAAGAGCUCCAGCCUGAGGGAGGAAGUGGGACUCGGUCUGCCUCAGAGACUCGUCCGACACGUAGCUUACGAGACUCUGCCUCGGGAAGUGGACCGCAAGUGGUACUUUGACAGCUACACCUACUGUCCUCCACCCUGGCUCAUCCUCACUAUCACCAUCACAGAGAUGGUGGUGUUUGUGUAUUAUGGCCUCCUGCUGGACCGCUGGGUUCUGCAGGUUUCGUCUCCGUCCUUUCUGAAGAGUCCACUGCCUUACCACCCUCAGCGCAGGGCGCAGGCCUGGCGCUACCUCAGCUACAUCUUCAUGCACGCUGGCAUCGAGCACCUGGGUCUGAACAUGGCCAUGCAGCUGCUGGUUGGUGUUCCUCUGGAGAUGGUGCACGGCGCCGCUAGGAUCGGCCUCAUCUACAUGUGCGGUGUUUUAGCAGGUUCUCUGGUGGUAUCAGUGAUAGACAUGGCUGCCCCUGUAGUCGGGUCAUCAGGAGGAGUUUACGCUCUUGUCUCUGCCCAUCUUGCCAACGUUGUCAUGAACUGGUCAGGGAUGAAGUGUCAGUUUAAGUUGUUCCGGAUGGCGAUGGCACUGGUGUGCAUGAGUGUGGAGUUCGGCCGUGCCGUGUGGUUGAGGUUUUACCCCCCCGCCAUGCCACCAUGCCCCAACCCAAGUUUCUGUGCCCAUCUGGGCGGGGUGGUGGUGGGUCUGACACUGGGUGUGGUCGUGCUACAGAACUACGAGCAGCGGCUGCAUGAGCAGUUCCUUUUCUGGAUCUUCAUCAGCGUCUACGGCCUCUUCGUCCUCUUCGGGAUCUUCUGGAAUGUCUUUGCUUAUAGCCUGCUGGACGUCAAACUUCCACCAGCACCAUGACCAGUGUGUGUGGGGAAGGGGGGGAGGUUAGGUCACCAUAAACUUUAAUCUAUAUCACUUGAGAACCAAAUGCUAAGUACCUCACUCCAAGUGUGUGUGUGUGUGUGUGUGUGUGUGUGUGUGUGUGUGUGUGUGUGUGUGUGUUUAGUGCCUAAACUGUAUCAUCAUCAUUGCUGUGUACUGUCCAAGAAGAUAAAGGAAGAGAUGCAGCUGAAUGUGAAAGUGAAGGAAUGAGACCUGCAAUGAAAUGACAAACACAGAGGAAUCUAAUCCAAAUACAAUAAAGUGGCUUUGAGGCUAAUCAUGCUAACGUGGUUAAAUCAUGCUAACGUGGUUAACAGUGUAAAGCACUAGCGAUAAAGCAAGAACUGAUUAGGGAAAAUCUGUGAAGAAACGUGUGAUGAUUAUAGAGAGAAUGUUAACUGGUUUAUUUUGGUUUGAAAAUGACCAAAAUCCAGUAUGAAUGCUACAUAAUAAUGAGAGGUGGGUGGGGUCAAGUGGGGUCUCGAUACUGUAGCCCCGCCUCCUGAUUGUUCAAGCUUCCAAAGUUUGUUAGACUAAAAUUCAAGUGCUAACAAAAAGUAAUUUGUAAUGAAUUAACAUCAUGCUUACUAGCAUCUAUUGACCUUUACUCCCUGUUAGCAACAUUAGCUUGUUCAAACUAAAGCUCAUAGUGGUGCUAUUAGCUAUGAGUGUUAGCAUCUUGGCUCUUAGCCCACAGCUAAAACCAGCUUUCUGGUUUCUGAACUGAAAGCAGAACUGUUCUGAGAUCAGACUGUAAACCUGUUCUGGUUUCACUGAGCGAUCCUAUGGUCUCAUGUAUAUCUAAAUGUGUGUGUCCUGUGUGUUAGCAGGUGUGUUAGGAGGUGUGUUAGCGGGUGUGUUAGCGGGUGUGUUAGCGGGUUUGUGCUGUGGCCGUUUAUAGUGGACGUUAUAUUUUUGUAAGUGAUUACAGCGUGAUAAGAGAGCACAAACUUUUAUUAACGUUGCCAAAAAUCUCUUCCUCCUCAGCUCAUCACUGUUUAUGCCUCAUUCUAACAAACGGAUGUAAGUUUGAUAGAAAUCCGUUGUUCUUUUGCGCUACUUCUACUGCUCCAGCAGCACACUGGAUUUAAAGAAAUAUUUAAAAUGUAUUUAUAGCUGUUGCUCUGUGUCAGACACUGGACUAAACAGUUGUGUGUGUGUGUGUGUAUGUGUCUGUGUGUGUGUUAUCUAUAGACGAUGCUAGAGUACAUAUGAACUGAAUGUUUCCAUUAGGCGUGUGCUGAUAUUUUACUUUUUCUUGAUGUAAUAAUCACAGUUUAAGAUACUGUCCUGAUAUUAAGUCAAAGAGAAAGGUUUCAGAUUUUAAUUGUUAAUGCAGAACAAAGACAUUAGCCUUUCUUUUAACAAGUAGCUUAGCUAAUAUUAGCACAGUGCUAGUAUUGUAUGCUACAUCACACAGUGAGCUGAAAGAGAUGGAAAGAAAGGCCAAUAACGAUCAUCCCUACAGUUGGUUAAUCACAAUAUGACCCACUAUCUGAUUAUCAGCACACGCCUAGUGAGGAGUUUAGUGACUGUUUUGAGAUAAGCUCGUUUUCGGUCUAUGCACAAACAUUCAGCACAGCAGCAAGAGACAACUGACACCAGAUCAGAUAUAUAACAGUCUUGUACAGUUCAGACGGAGCUAAUAGCUUAUAACACAUGAAUUUAUCAUGAAGUAUUUAUCUCUCUGACACAGCGAGGUCUGACCUCCUGAUACAGCACUGUCUCUCUUCACAACACAAAUCCAAAGCAGUUAGGAUAAUUUUCUAACAUAAUAAUUAAACUGUUUUUUUAUGAAGGUUGAGUGCGUUAGCUGCUAAUCUGCGAUCUGAGGCUGUGCGAGCUCUAACACAGAUAAAUGCUCAC